GUUUUUUAGACGUAGUUAAUAUACCAAAAUAAAAAAUAACCACCCCAUAAUAAUAAAAGCUUGUUAUAUUUUUGACAUUGAUGAAGUAUAAUUUAUUGUUUACCCAAAUUAUAGGAAACAUUUUUAAAAUAAAAAAACAUAAUUUGUUAUACUUUAUUUUAAGAAAAUACAUUAAUUAAACUAUAAAAGACAAAAAAAUACUAAAAAGUAGGUAAACUUAUUACUUCAGUGACAUUCAAAUGUAAAUAACUUUGAAAAUUAUGAGGCAAUUUAUAUUGGUACUUCUAUUUUAAUAAUAGAGAUAGAGAGAAAGGAGUAAGGACAUUAAGAGAGAUUUAAUUUCAUACUUAUAUUCUAUUUUUUUUAAAUACUGCUAUUUUGAUUUAUUUUCAACAUAUUACAUAUCGUAUUUUGAUUAAUUUUUAUACGAUGUGUUAUGUUGAAAAUAAAUCAAAUUAUCUGCUGCAUCAUCAACCGUUAAAAUAUUGUCAUACUUUCUUUAUUCUAUGAAUUGAUUUAUAAAAAAUCGGGUGGUUAAAGUUUUUGUAAUUCCCUAAUCCAAUAAAUAAACAAAAAGCUCUUCAAAUAUCAGUUAAGGUCUACUUACUACCAUUUCGAACUAACUAGUAUUUCUAUUAAAGCAAAAAAAAAGAGAGUAAAACAAAAUAGAUAAUGUAGAGACUAUAAAUAGGAUCGAGAAGAACUUUAAACCACUUCAAUCAUGAACUACUCGCCUUCUCAAACUUUUAAAACUCAUCAUAAAUAAUAAAGUCUAUUUCUCUUUCCUUUUAAACCCAAAUCCUAUAAACUUUCAUAGCUUCUCUGUUCAUUACUUAUAUCUCACGUUAUACAUAUAGCUCCUAUAAAUGCUUCUCUUUCCUCUCGAAUAAUCUUCCCUCACUACUUUCUAUAUAAGACCCUUGUCUACUUCACUCUUCCUCUUAACUCUCUCUUCUUCUCUUUGCCUCUUCUAUCCGCUCUCCAUAUAAAAGAAAUAUGAUAGUGGUUAGAGAAUACGACUCGAGCAGAGACUUAGCCGAUGUGGAGGCUGUGGAGCGACGUUGCGAGGUCGGACCAAGCGGCAAGCUUUCUCUCUUCACCGACCUUUUGGGUGACCCGCUUUGUAGGAUCCGACAUUCACCUUCUUUCCUUAUGUUGGUGGCUGAGAUGGGUACGGAGAAGAAGGAGAUAGUGGGCAUGAUUAGAGGUUGCAUCAAAACCGUUACAUGUGGCAUAAAACUCGAUUUAAAUCAUAAAUCCCAAAACGACACCGUUAAACCUCUUUACACUAAACUCGCCUACGUUUUGGGCCUCCGUGUCUCUCCUUCUCACAGGAGGCAAGGGAUAGGGGUUAAGCUCGUGAAGAUGAUGGAAGAAUGGUUUAGGCAAAACGGCGCCGAAUAUUCGUAUAUAGCAACUGAAAACGACAAUGAAGCUUCCGUUAAUCUAUUCACCGGUAAAUGCGGUUACUCCGAGUUUCGUAAACCGUCUAUCUUGGUCAACCCGGUUUACGCCCACAGAGUCAACGUCUCGCGUCGUGUAACCGUCAUUAAAUUGGACCCGGUUGAUGCAGAGUCGCUGUACCGACUCCGGUUCAGCACAAUAGAGUUUUUCCCGCGGGAUAUCGAUUCGGUACUGAAUAACGAACUCUCUCUCGGGACUUUCGUGGCGGUGCCACGUAGCAGCUGUUACGGGUCUGGUUCAGGAUCAUGGCCCGGUUCGGCUAAGUUCCUGGAGUACCCGCCCGAGUCAUGGGCCGUGUUGAGCGUUUGGAACUGCAAAGACUCGUUUCGGCUGGAGGUUCGUGGCGCGUCGCGACUGAAACGCGUAGUGGCUAAAACGACGCGUGUGGUUGAUAAAACCCUGCCGUUUCUGAAACUCCCUUCGAUUCCGUCGGUUUUUAAACCGUUUGGGCUUCACUUUAUGUAUGGGAUUGGUGGAGAAGGCCCACAAGCGGCGAAGAUGGUGAAGUCAUUAUGUGGUCACGCGCAUAACCUGGCUAAGGAUGGUGGUUGCGGCGUUUUGGCGACGGAAGUGGCAGGAGAAGAGCCGUUGCGGCAAGGAAUACCGCACUGGAAAGUGUUGUCGUGCGAUGAGGAUCUGUGGUGUAUAAAACGGCUUGGGGAAGACUAUAGUGAUGGUGCAAUCGGUGACUGGACUAAAUCAUCACCUGGUUCCUCCAUUUUUGUGGACCCCAGAGAAUUUUAAUCAUCUCUUUGAUAGUAUAGUCAUAACACUAAACAUUUCAUAUUACGGGGUGUCGUUGUAAACUCUUAGAAAACCUUUCAAGGGUCUUUUGGGUUUUAGAAUUAGUCUUCUUUAUUUCCUAGGUAAUCAUCUUUUUGUUUGUUUGUGGGGUUUAAAUUAGUGGUAAGAGGCAAUAUCUCAUGCUUUUGGGUUUGUGUCUUCUUGUCUUGUAAAUGGAUCUAGCUUUUCUUAAUAUACUUUAUCUGUGGCCAAAUUAAAAUGUCGACCUGUUGUUUUUCCUUUUAGUUA